AUGGGACGCUAUCAGCGCCAUCAUCAGUGGAGAAAAGGUGAAAAGCAUACAGAAGAUGAUGAAGAGUCUCAGACCUUUCUAAUGGAGUUUGCAAACUCUGGUUAUUACAAAAGAACAAGUCCCAAGCUUCUCUAUAUCCUCUUCCUCUCUUUUCUCUCUUGCAGCUUCAUAUUGGCCCCUCAUCUUUUUAGCACCAACACCACCUUCUCUCUCUUAUAUUCGACAAUGGUAGAAAAUGAAGGCGUUGCUGCUGAAAUGGAUGUAAACAUUCCCUUGUGUUCUUCAAUCUCUAAUGGAACUAUAUGUUGUGAUAGAAGCAGUAUUCGUUCAGAUAUUUGUGUCAUGAAAGGGGAUGUGAGAACACACUCUGCUUCCUCUUCUAUAUUUCUCUACAGAUCUAAGGACGGAAGCAGCUUGAAAAAUUAUGUUGCGGGUAUUGUUGAGGAAAACGAAGAAGGCGAAACUGAGGAACUUGAGCACGAAAAGGUCAAACCGUAUACAAGGAAAUGGGAAAAAAGUGUCAUGGACACCAUUGAUGAAUUGCAGCUCAUUGCAAAGAAAGACACUCUAGGUAUGCACCAUCAGUGUGAUGUCCAACAUGAUGUACCAGCAGUGUUUUUCUCGACUGGGGGCUAUACUGGUAAUGUUUAUCAUGAAUUCAAUGAUGGGAUUAUGCCAUUAUACAUUACUUCCCAGCAUUUCAACAAGAAGGUUAUAUUUGUCAUGCUUGAUUACCAUAAUUGGUGGGUCACGAAAUAUGGAGACAUUCUUUCACAACUGUCAGAUUAUCCACCGAUAGAUUUUAGCGGAGACAAGAGAACUCACUGCUUCCCUGAGGUCACUGUUGGCCUGAGAAUUCACGACGAGCUAACUGUGGAUUCUUUACUGAUGGAGGGAAAUAUGGGCAUUGUUGACUUUCGAAAUCUUCUAGACCGAGCUUAUUGGCCUCGAAUUCAAAGUCUAAUUCAAGACGAGGAACGAGAAGCACAGGAGAAGCUUUCUGCAUCUUUGACAUCUGAAAGUCCUCUAGAAAUUGAGAAUGAAGUGCAAGAAGAUCAAGUGAAGAAGCCUAAACUGGUGAUCAUAUCUCGAAAUGGAUCAAGAGCCAUAACUAAUGAGAAUUUAUUGGUGAAAAUGGCUGAGGAAAUCGGGUUUGACGUGAAUGUUUUGAGACCCGACCCCACGACAGAGUUGGCAAAGAUUUAUCGGGCCCUUAAUGCUAGUGAUGUGAUGAUUGGGGUUCAUGGUGCUGCCAUGACUCAUUUUCUAUUCAUGAAGCCUGGCUCUGUUUUUAUCCAAGUUGUUCCCCUUGGAACUGAGUGGGCAGCAGAGGAAUAUUAUGGGGAACCUGCAAGGAAGCUUGGCUUAAAAUACAUUGGCUACCAAAUUCUUACUAGAGAGAGUUCCUUAUAUGACAAGUAUGAUAAAGAUGAUCCUAUUCUUAGAGAUCCAAAGAGUGUAACCAAAAUGGGAUGGGAGUACACAAAGAAGAUCUAUCUUGAUGGUCAGACUGUGAGAUUAGAUCUUGGAAGAUUUCGCAAGCGAUUGGUUCGUGCGUACGAUUACAUGUACCAUAGACUGAACAAGCAUCCCCAUAUUCAAUCUCAGUAA